UUCGUGCUUCGCAAAGCACAAAGUGUCGGUUCAUUGUGUUUAUCGGUACUGUAACUGUACUUUCAAUUUAUAAUGCCGCUAGAAAAUUUAGAAGAAGAGGGUUUGGAGAAAAAUCCGAAUUUGGAAUUAGCUCAAAUUAAAUUUCUAUUGAGCUUGCCGGAACACAAGGAUGAUCCCUUUCUAAAGAACAAACUGUUAGAUGCCAUUAAAGCAGAAAACAUGGCUCCAUUUUACGAAGAGGUCUGUAAAGACUUGGAUUGGCCGGUCGACGAUACUCUUUUGUCCACUAUGAAAGCUAAGAACAUGGAGCAACUGAAAGAAUUGGACGAUGCGAUUGAAGAUGCUGAGAAAAAUUUGGGAGAAAUGGAAGUUAGAGAAGCCAAUCUUAAAAAAUCAGAACAUCUAUGCAGAAUAGGAGACAAAGAAGGUGCCAUUUCGGCAUUCAGAAAAACUUACGAUAAAACUGUAUCGUUAGGUCAUAGAUUAGACAUUGUGUUUCAUAACAUUAGAAUUGGAUUAUUUUAUUUAGAUCACGAUCAUAUUACUAGAAACAUAGAAAAAGCCAAAAGUUUGAUAGAAGAAGGUGGUGAUUGGGAUAGACGAAAUCGUUUAAAAGUCUAUCAAGGAACAUAUUGUAUAGCAGUACGUGAUUUUAAAGAAGCUGCAAAUUUCUUUCUGGAUACAGUUAGUACAUUCACAAGUUACGAACUUAUGGAUUACAAUACAUUUGUGAGAUACACAGUGUAUUUAAGUAUGAUAAGUUUGCCUAGAAAUGAACUUAGAGAUAAAAUUAUCAAAGGUUCAGAAAUUUUGGAAGUGCUUCAUAGUAAUCAAGAUGUCAAAGAUUACUUAUUUUCAUUGUAUAAUUGCCAAUAUGCUGACUUCUUUAAGAAUCUGGCCCAUGUCGAAGGUUUAUUACGCAGGGAUUAUUUAAUCUUCCCACACUAUCGGUAUUAUGUUAGGGAGAUGCGUAUUCUCGCGUACACGCAACUUCUCGAAUCUUACAGAUCAUAUAUAUUUAUAUAUAAAUAUAUUAUUAUUUCGAUUAUUUCUUACAGAGAGGUGUCGCGUUUCAUCGCUGCAGGAAGAUUGCAUUGCAAAGUUGAUCGCGUUGGCGGCGUAGUUGAAACUAACAGACCGGACAGUAAAAAUUGGCAGUAUCAAGCAAUGGUCAAGCAAGGAGAUUUGCUGCUUAAUAGGGUUCAGAAAUUAUCGCGUGUUAUUAAUAUUUAA